CUCUGGGUCGUGAGUUCGAGCCCCACGUUGAGAGUUAACAACAACAAAAACACUAUAAAUUCUCCUCAUCUGUAAAAGGAAGAUAAUGUUAGGUACUAACUUGGAGAGUUGUAAAUAUUAAAUGUUAUAAAUAAAGCAUUAAUAACAGAGACCCAUACAUUGCAAGUGCUGUAUAAGGAAAUACAUCAAACUUGGAAAAAUCUCUUAACAAAAGAAGAAUAUAUAUUAGAAAUAAGUUAUCAGGAAAAAGUAAGAGUAAGUAGAGAUUUGGGGAUUUAACUUUUCUUGAAAAUUGUAGCCCAUUCCCAGUGUCUCCACACAGAAUCCUCUUCUUUGCGAAAGUGAAUAUUGAGCCCUGGAAAAUAACUGAAAGACGUCUGUGGAUUUGAAAAUUACAGUAAUCUUCCUGGUCCAGAUUACCAUUGGAAUCCUGGGGAAUUUCUCACUCUUAUAUCGUUAUAUGUCCCUUUGCUUCAAUGGAGGUAGGUCAAGAUCCACAGAUGUGAUUUUCAGGCACUUGACUGUAGCCAACUCUUUGGUCAUUCUCUCGAGAGGAAUCCCGGAGACCAUGGCAGCUUUUGGGUUGAGAUAUUUUCUCAAUGACUUUGGAUGCAAAGUUGUUUUCUAUAUGCACAGAGUGGCCAGGGGUGUGUCCAUUGGCACUACCUGCCUCUUGAGAAUCUUCCAGGCCAUCACCAUCAGUCCCAGGAGUUCCAGGUGGGCAGAGAUGAAAGCAAAAGCCCUGAAGUACAUUGGCCCCUCCACCAUUUUGUGCUGGAUUCUGCACAUGUUGGUAAAUAUCAUAGUACCUAUGUAUGUGAUUAAAAAAUGGAGUAAUGAAAACAUCACAACUGUAGACUUUAAGUACUGUUCAGCUACACUUCAUGACAAAGGUACAGACUUCCUAUGUGCAACUGUCACAUCCAUCCCUGAUGUUUUGUGUUUGGGGCUCAUGUCCUGGGCCAGCGGCUCCAUGGUUUUCAUCCUUUACACACACAAGCAGAGGGUCCAACACAUUCAUAGGAACAACCUGUCAUCUAGAUUCUCCCCUGAGACCAGAGGCACUCAAACCAUCCUUGUCCUGGUAAGCACCUUUGUAUCUUUUUAUACCCUCUCUUCCAUCAUUUACAUUUGUUUUUCUUGUUUUGGCAAGACCACUUGGUGGCUGGUGAACACCUCUGCCUUAAUCAAUAUCUGUUUCCCAACUGUCAGCCCCUUUAUUCUCUUAAGUUGUAACCCCUGUGUAUCUAGACUCUUCUGUACAUGUACUAGAAGAAAUACACAACUACCCCAUCUCACCAGAAACAUAUAAAUUGUAUG